CAGCUGUUACUCGUUCACGUUCCAUUUACAUACAAAACCAACACAAGAGGAAGAAGAAGAAGAAGAAAACAGUGUUGGGAAUUAUGUCUGAAGGAGGAACAACCUUGGAAUACACUCCGACAUGGGUGGUGGCUGUCGUCUGCUUCGUCAUUGUCUUCAUUUCCCUUGCUGUUGAAAGACUCCUCCAUUUCCUCGGCAAGUACUUGAAGAAGAGAAAUCAGAAGCCUCUCUUUGAGGCCUUGCAGAAGAUCAAAGAAGAGUUGAUGUUGCUGGGAUUCAUAUCACUGUUGCUGACAGUAUUCCAAGAUAGGAUUAACAAAAUCUGUAUGUCAAGUGAUUUGGCUGAUCGAUGGCUGCCUUGUCGGGAGAAGAAAGAAGUAACCAAAGAACACUUCCAGACCCUUUUUUCCUCCUUUUUUCCCGGAGGUAUCGGACGUCGUCUUCUCGCCGAAGCUUCCGAUCCCGCUGUUGCCUACUGUGCUGCUAAGGGGAAAGUUCCAUUGUUAUCGACCACGGCAUUGCACCAUCUACAUAUACUCAUCUUUGUGCUGGCGGUCGUACAUGUGACUUUCUGUGCUCUAACCAUUGUUUUCGGAAGCACAAAGAUCCAUCAAUGGAAACGUUGGGAGGAAAUUGCUAAGGAUAUGGAAUACGAUCCGACCGGAGUUGUGAAAACAAAGAUCACCCAGGUCCAAGAACAUGAUUUUAUACGGAAUCGGUUCCUCGGCAUCGGAAAGAAUUCAGAGCUACAAGGAUGGGUGUAUUCUUUUUUCAAGCAGUUCUAUGGAUCUGUGACGAAAUCAGAUUAUAUAACACUAAGACUAGGUUUCAUCAUGACUCAUUGCAGGGGAAAUCCAAAGUUUAAUUUUCACAACUACAUGAUGCGUGCUCUUGAAGCCGAUUUCAAGAAAGUCGUCGGGAUAAGUUGGUAUCUUUGGGCAUUUGUUGUCAUCUUCCUGUUGCUGAAUUUCGUCGGUUGGCAUACGUAUUUUUGGAUAGCAUUCAUUCCCUUCAUUCUUUUGCUUGCUGUUGGCACCAAGUUGGAGCAUAUAAUCACACAACUAGCUCAAGAGGUAGCCGAGAAACACAUAGUGGUGGAAGGGGAGCUGGUGGUUCAACCCUCGGAUAACCAUUUCUGGUUCAACCGGCCACGACUCGUUCUCCGCCUCAUUCACAUCAUCCUCUUCCAAAAUUCUUUCGAAAUGGCCUUUUUUGCCUGGAUAUGGGUCCAAUAUGGUUUCCACUCAUGCAUGAUGGGUCAAGUUCGUUUCAUUAUCCCCAGACUAAUCAUAGGGGUAUUCGUUCAGUUCGUGAGCGGUUAUAGUACCCUGCCCCUAUAUGCAUUUGUCACACAGAUGGGAAGUUCGUAUAAGAAGGCAAUAUUCGAGGAACAUAUUCGCGAAGGGCUGGUCGGUUGGGCGAAGAAGGCGAAGAAAAAGAAUAAGGGCAUCGGUUUCAAAAGGUCAUCCAAUGAGUCUAAACAAGUUGGUCCCAAGGAGGAGUCUCCAUUGGUAUUCGAGAUGCAGAAGGUUAAUGCAAAGGAGUCAUCAUCUUCAUCUCCAGUAUGAGGAUGAAACUUGUAGAGAUUGGAUCAAAGUUAACUGGAAUAUACAGAAAUUGACAUUUUGCAGCCUUAUAGAUUUGUG